CUUGCUCCCCUCCUCUUUCGGGGACACCCUACAGCGACGCCACCUCCCGCCGCCGAACUCGCCUCGGCUCCGCCCGCACCGGCAGCGUCUUCGCCUCGCGCCCUCGCCCCCUCUGUGCUUCCGCACCAGGGAGCGAUGGAGCACGGGUCACUGCAGGAUUCGAGCGCUUCGUCGUUCUCCAUCAUGGAGGAGGACCACACCCUCGCCAACUCUGUCAGAUUUGUUCUCAACCAGGACCCAAGGGUGGCAUUUUGUGGAUACAGCAUCCCUCAUCCUGCUGAAAACAAAGUUAACAUAAGGCUUCAGACUACAGGAGAUCCAGCCAACGAUGUUCUGAAAGAUGCGCUGCAGGACCUAAUGGUGAUGUGCCAGUAUAUAAGGGGGACAUUUGACACUUCAGUGGCUGAUUUUCGGGGGAACAAACCAGAAGUCAUGGACAUCGAUUUGAACAAAAAAUAGAAGGUUCUGGAUGAUCGUUAGCCGGAUGGCAGAAAUGCACAGAUGUUUGCUGUGCUAAGUUAUAAACUAGUCUAGUUGUAUGGGGUGUAGUCCUUAAACCCAAAGUGUGAGAUGUCAUUGGCAUCAGGGUACUUGUCAGUGUCACUUCAGGUUUCUUGGUCAAUGGUUUUAUGGCACUUGAUAUUGUUUGGAGAGAAAAAAAUCCAAUGCAAUCAAGUAAUCAACAUACUUUCUUAUUUGUGCUGUUCUGAAUAUAGCUAAUUGGAAGUUUUUUUGAAACUUGCUAA